AUGGGGACAGUGGAGCGCCCCAAGAUCACGGCUGGAUUUGCCGACUUCGAUGCUGGCCAUCGGGAUCUGGUAACCGUCACCAGGUUUAACUUCUAUGGCAAUCGUAUUGUCACAGCCUCCUCUGACCACCGCAUGAAAGUUUGGGACCUCAAAGAUGGGCAGUGGCAAUUGGUAGACACCUGGCGUGCGCAUGAUGCUGAAAUACGCGAUGCAACAUGGAAUGGACCAUUCACAGGCCAACAUAUUGGCAGUGUUGGAGAAGACAUGAAGUUAAAGAUCUGGCAAGAGGACGUGACCCAGCCACCGAACUCGGGACGGCGUUUCAGGUCGAUCUUUCGCAUGACCGCGCCGCAAAGGCAUCCAUUUGUCUCACUUGACUUUCGCAAUAUUGACUUGGAGUCUUGGCUAGCCGUUAUCACUCGCGAUGGUUAUCUGAUGGUCAUGGAGCCUGUCAGUCCCGAUAGCCUCGCAGACUGGCAAGCCGUCGACCAGUUCCGAGUAUGCACCGCGCCCGAGCGUGGCGAGGAAACGAGUUUCAAAGUCCAAUUCCACCAGGACCCUACCGACAUCACUCAUACAAUUUUGCCAGACACCGAUCGAAAAAGCCUUUCCCUGAUCGUGGCCGCUAUGGACACGGUCAAGAUCUACCGCACAGAUGCAAACCGACGCUUCUACCAUGCAGUUGAACUGAAUGCACACGCCGGUCUAGUGAGAGAUAUCUCUUGGGCUAAUGGCUCUGUCCGUGGCUACGAUCUUGUUGCAAGUGGGUGUAAAGACGGCAUGGUCCGCAUUUUCGAAGUCUAUACAGCGCCGGCUGGCCAAGCGUUCCAAAACGCCAACGGCCGCAAGGCAGAGCGUCGUGUGCAGUCACAAAGCCCAUCACUCCGGUCAACAUCACAAUCUGGAAUCGGUUCUGCUUUGGCAAGCCGUGUACCAGAGUCGACGAAUGAUCGACAAGCCAGUGGAGAAGCUCAGUUCCGUCAUUCAUUCAAGGAAGUUGCUUGCAUCGACAGCAAACACCUCGACGUGUGGCAAGUUCAAUUCUCGUUCUCAGGCGAUGCCUUGAUUUCUUCUGGCGAUGAUGGAACAGUGCGGUUCUGGAAGCGCUCACUCUCCGGAGAAUGGCUCGAGUUCGCCGAGACUGACAUGGCUUCUCAAUAA